UAACUUAACAAGUUAGUAGCAUAAAUCUGAGGUCUCCCUAGCAUUUUCGGUUGUCGCCUCCUUCACACCAACAGGCGAAACGAAAUUUUUUCUGAGCUAGGGUUCAUCGUUAAAUUAUCUCAAUAUGCCUAAACGAAGCAAGAAGAGUAAAAGUAAGAGAGUUCCAUUGAAGAAGAAGCAUAAGAUUAUCAGGAAAGUAAAGGAACAUCACAAAAAGAAAGCUAAAGAAGCAAAGAAACUUCCUAACCACGGAAAAAAAGUUGAGAAAGAUCCUGGAAUUCCUAAUGAUUGGCCUUUUAAGGAACAAGAGCUCAAAUCUCUUGAAGCUCGUCGUGCUAAAGCUAUAGAAGAAGCGGAACAAAAAAAAGCUGAUAAAAUCGAAAGGAGACAAAAGAGAAAGUUGGAGGCACGAGAGGAUGAUGAUGAUGAUAUUGAUAAUGUUCCUACGAAACAAGCCAAGGCUGAGGAGGAAUCACUUGCUGUAUUUAGUAAGAGCAAAGAUAAUUCAGACAAGGCUUUCUACAAGGAGUUAGUCAAAGUUAUAGAAGCAUCAGAUGUCAUUUUGGAAGUUCUUGAUGCUAGGGAUCCUCUUGGUACUCGCUGUAUUGAUAUGGAAAAGUUGGUAAUGAAAGCGGGUCCUGAGAAACAUCUUGUCUUGCUUCUUAACAAAAUAGACCUUGCUCCUCGCGAGGCUGUCGAGAAAUGGCUUAAUUAUCUUAGGGAAGAGUUGCCUGCGGUUGCCUUCAAAUGUAACACCCAGGAGCAGAGAUCAAAUUAUGGUUGGAAGUCGUCGAAACCAGGAAAAUCUGGGGGGAAAUCUGGGAAACCUGUGAAAACGACUUCAAAACCCUUGAAAGCAAGCAAUAUUUUGCAAACCAGUGAUUGUCUUGGAGCCGAAACUCUUUUGAAGUUGCUGAAGAAUUACUCAAGAAGUCAUGAGAUUAAGAAGUCGAUAACAGUUGGUAUCAUUGGGCUUCCCAAUGUUGGUAAGAGUAGUUUGAUUAAUAGUUUGAAGAGAUGCCGUGCUGUCAGUGUUGGUGCUACUCCAGGAUUAACACGCUCAAUGCAAGAAGUUCAAUUAGACAAGAAUGUCAAGCUGUUGGAUUGUCCUGGUGUUGUCAUGCUCAAAUCAGAGGAGAGUGAUGCAUCUGUAGCUCUUCGAAAUUGCAAAAGAAUUGAAAAAUUAGAAGAUCCCAUCGCUCCAGUGAAGGAAAUUCUCAAGCUCUGCCCUGCCAAAAUGUUGGUCUCCUUGUACAAGAUUGCAAUAUUCGAUUCAGUUGAUGACUUCCUCCAGAAGGUGGCUACUGUUAGGGGUAAGCUUAAAAAAGGCGGUGUUUUGGAUAUUCAGGCCGCUGCAAAGAUAGUUCUCCAUGAUUGGAAUGAGGGAAAAAUUAAAUACUACACGAUGCCUCCUGUUAGGAACCAAGGAGAGACGUUUGAGUCCUCAAUUGUAUCAGAGCUUGGAAAAGAGUUCAAUGUUGGUGAAGUUUACCAGGGUGAAUCUUCAUUCAUUGGUAGCCUUGUGUCUCUUGAGAAUUUUAGUCAUGUUGAAAUUCCUCCUAGCUGUCCCCUGAACUUCGAUCAGAAAAUGCUCGAGGAUGAUGAAAAGCCCGAACCUUCAAAACAAGGCAAGGAAUUGGCUGGAGAUGGUGAUGUUGAAAUGGCCAGUCAAGAGAAGGAUAUGAACACUACCAGGGCAAAGUCCAUAAACAGCAAGCAAAAUGAGAAGCUCUAUACAGCAGAAGGAAUGUUGAAUCCCAAGUUAAAGAAGGCUGAGAAAAAGAAGAAGAAGAAAGCUAGUAAAUUAGCCUCGGCGGGUUCUAUGGACGAGGACUAUGAUUUUAAGGUGGAUUUUGCAAAGAAGGAUGUCGACAUGGAGGAGGACGAGGAUGAUGAGUCGGAAAAUGAACUCGGUGCUGAGGUGCCAAUGUCAGGAGUUGAGGUUGAUGAAUGAAGGAGUGAGAUGGUUUACUUCACACAGCUCUUGUCAAAUUUUGACAGAUAUGUCUUUUUGCUUUCCAGUUCGUUUUAUUUGGGUCAAAAAAAAGAAGAUAAAUUAAAAAAGUGUUGUGUUACUUUGUCUGAGUUAUUGUUUUAUUUGAUUAAAUUAGUUGAUCUCAUGAAUAUGUAUUGUUGACAGAGCCGUCUUAUGGACCAGGCCAGCUAGGCUAUUGCCUUGAGCCUCAUAUUGUUACCUGGCUAAAUUGGGGCCUAUUCUAA